AUGGGCAGCUUGUUUUCGAGUGGAACAAACUCAACCGACCAACAGCAACCCAGGUGAGAAUUAAUACUACUUAAAACAAUUUAUUCAUGAGUAAUGAAAUAUGAAAUAUGAAAUAUAGUACUGGGUCAAUCAAUAGUGGCAGAGCGUAAUUCAGUACUUAAUAGUAACAAAAUAUCAUAGUGAUCAAUCAUUAUAUUAGACCAAGAGAAAAUGAGUUCUCUCUUGAUUAGACACGACGCCGUAAGUUCCUCUGGACCAAAAAACGAAUUUGUGAAAUGACGUUUGGUGGCUUCAAGAUGAUCUGAUCAGUCUGAUGAAAACUGAGCCUUUUUUUCAAGGUCAAUCAUCGUCACAUUAGAAGACGACCAAACCCUAGCCUGCGUAGCAAGCGUUUCUGUACAGUUUAGGAGAAAAGAACGAGGAACGAGAGUCAAAGACCGCGAGAAAAGUGGCGCAAGUAAAAGAGCGGGGAGGGGGUGGGGAAGAAAGGAAGGAAACGCUUGCAGACAAACCCCGGGAUUUUGAAAACCACCCACUUGGUCUGUCACGCCUGAGUUCAUGAACCGACAUUUGAUGCUGUCAUCAACUGUCAUAAUUGACCAAUAAAAUGUUUGGCCUUCCGUCGAGCGGAAAUAAACUUUAGAGGACGCGUUUGUGUAACUAAAAUUUUUUUGUGUGUGUAUUUUGGAGCGCUUGGUCGGCGUUAAUGGUGAAAUAUCAAUGAAUCCGAACGAUCAAUGCAGGCUUUGUACAUUUGUCUUCUUAAUCCGUCUUAAAGGAAGGACCGCGAGGGUGAAUGAAGUUUUAAAAUUUUAGCUCUAAACCUCCAGAAAGUUGGAUUUGAAGUGGUAAAAUGUGACAAGCAUUCAAGUCUAGAUCAGCUAGACAGAACGGCUUACCGUUCUCGCCACGGCACAGACAACUAGAGUGCUCUUGUAAAAGCAUCCUAGAACAAAGCUAACCCGGCAACUGAAAGUUCGCGUGGAGAACCAAGCAGAAAUUUUGACUGAGUCACAAUGCAGGUCUUCCUAGUUGAUGUAGCUUCAGUUUAAGGUGCAAUCUAUUCUUCAAAAUUUGUAUCUGUAAAUCACUAACCGAGAGAAUUUAACAUCCCGCCAAAAAAAAAAAAAAAAACUAACGAGCUGGGCCCAGCAUAACAAAACAUUGCAGGAAACCAGCGCAUUCCCUGACAAAAGAAAAUCGCUUUUAGUUAUUCAGAUCCAGGAGACCAAUAAAACGACCUGAAACCCUUAUAAAGUCGCAAGAAGAGCUUUGUGUUUCAAAAGAAGUUAAAUAAAAUGCUCUUGCAUUGGAGGGAAAAUCUUGCCGACCAGAAUAAACAAUAACCACAGAAAAUUAAUAUGCGUGUCACGUACCAAACAUGACCUCUCAGUAUGAAACAAACCUUUGAUCGACACAUGUCAACAUUGUUCGACUAGCCGAGCCAAUCAGGCGCUGCGUUCGCUGGCGAACGCAGGUUUUCAAAAUCGAGGGGUUUGUCUGCAAGCGUUUCCUUCCUUCCCCUCCCCCUCCCCCCUCUUUCACUUUUUGGCUCUCGUUUCAUUUCUCGCGCGGUCAAAACCGAAAGUCCCCUUCCUCGGUAUUUCUUUGCCCCGAAACCAAACAGAAACGCUUGCUACGCAGGCUAACCAAACCCCUGAAGUAAUUUUUCUUGGCCGAAUUCACAAUAGAGACGGUUUAUCCGUAUGAGACGGGCCCAUGAUCCGUUGGAUAAUUCGCGUCAGGCAGAUAAUACGUCUUAAUUCAGGGCCGUAGCCAGAAAAAAAAUGAGGACACAUAAAAAAGCUGGUACGGACCAGAUAUUUUUGCCGUGUAAACCUUCCGUACCAUCUUUUCAUGAAAUAGUUUUGGGGCCAUAGGCGGCUAUGGCCCCAAAACCCCCAAGAAAACGAGUCCGGACCCCUUUUGCUGUUCGAAAGCGCUGUGUAAACGCAUCUUCCUUUCCUACCAUCUUCUUCAUGUGAGCCUGCCGUGCUUUACGGUGGUUUCGCGCUUGUCUACUUUUGCACUAUUUCACUAUUCAGCCUAAUCUGAUUGUUACGCGUGUAAACGGUUAAAAUAUAUUGGUCCGGACCACUUUUUAAUGGUUAGAGUAGGAUGUGUCAAUGAUCAAAUUAUAUUUAAAUGGCUCUUAUUUAGAGUCUCUAUUUACCGACGUUCCAACACAGCCUCAUUCCCAGGACCAAGAGAGGGUCGCCGUGAUCCCGAACUCUAAAACUAGGGAAACAAACAAACAAAAACAAAACUGAACCGCAGCUGAAAUCUUAGGACCUUCCGUAUCUAUGUUUUCGCAGUAAAACAUUGAUCUGAUCAAAUAAGGGCAGUUCCCACUUUUGUUACUGCGCAUAAGGGAAAGAUCUGAAAGAAGCCUGCCGGGGAUGCGCAGAGGAGCGCUCGGGUUAAGAUUGCUCUCCUAGAAGGGUAGAAAAGGUUGGACGUAAAGUCAAGGUCCAGACGACAAAUUCAAGUAAAGCAUAUUUCUAGCGUUAUUUCUCAAGCUGUACUUUUCUCGAAGUGACCGAACAAAACGGUAACACUGACGUUUUUUCGCGAGCUUGCAGUGUGUGUGAGUCCUAGGAGGGAAAAUAAAAUUAUAAGUCAUGAUACCGAUUUCUUACUUAACGGCGCGGUUCAGAAACCCGAAAUCAACCCCUUGGUAGGCGCAACUGGGAAGAAGCCAGUUUGAAAUCGAGACAUGCAGAGCCACGCAUUGUCUGAAACUCGAUAUCUAAUUGGCUAUCCCCUGAGUGACAGGUACAAAACACAGGUCACAGGUAACUGAGAUAAGCAGUUCCCUCAGUUAAGCUAAAAUUCUAUUUUGGAUUGUGAUUAUAAGGGCUAGGAGACACUUUUAGUGUUCAGGGGCACCCAACGUCAAUUUUUGGAAAAUCGGAAGACGGAAGACGAUUUGAGAUCUAGAAUUUUCGGAACAUUUGUUGUAAAAUUUCUUGCUUGCAUGCCUCUCCUAGGAUUAUCGAACAUCUAAAAUAUGGUAUAAUUCCCCAUUUUUAACGGAUUUUUUCCCCAAAAAGGUCACCUUGAAUUUUCGAGAGCCUUUUUUCUGGCUGAAAUUUUCAAAAAGGUAAGUUUUGAUCCCUAUAAUUUUCGGAUCACUAGACUUUCAGUUAGGAAACCCGAACAGAUGAAAAAUUUUAGGGGAUAAAAAUAUGCCUAAAUCUACCGUUUAAAUACGAAAAUACUUUUAACAAUACUAUGUUUAAGUGGUUUUGAACUAUAUUCUCGUUGGGUGCCCCUGAGUGUUUUUUAUUUGCCAUUGCACAGUGACCUGUAGCUUAUCCUACACUUGUGACCUGUGACCAACGUUUUGUACCUGAAGUCCACAGACCGUCUUGGUACACCUAAUUGUGAAAAUGUUGUCUUAGUCGACACGCUAAAAGAAAAAAGCCAAAAAUGCUAAAAGAAAAAGCCAAAUAGGAUUUAAUUAGCACAAGCGGUUUUUUCUCCAGGCGUAAAAACAAAUUGCCAAUGCGACGGCUACACGCGAGCGUUACAAAUGAAUUCACCCCAUAGUGGUAUACUGGUAAACUUAUCUAAUUAACUCCUAUUUACCUUUUCACAUUUUCCUUUUAGAAUUUCCCUAUGACAACGCUACUGUAGUUAGGUGUAUUUCUACAUUAGUAAGUUGUUCUAAAAGUGACUUAGAAAAAAAGCGCUCAUGCAAAUACCCUUUCCUUGUUAAUUUUCUCGUCAUCUUUAACUUGCAGCAAAUUCAAGUUCAAGUCUGAUCUGAACGACCAGCAGAUUAAGGCAAUCCGCAGCUCAUGGGGGAAGGUGUUACCAAACAAGAAAGAACAUGGAAAACUGUUAUUUUACAAGUAGGAGCGUACUAAUCCUCAACUUAAUAAAUACUUUUCUUUUUAAGUGAAAUACUGACUUCAGAAAAGUUACUGCUCUAAUUAUCGAGUCUUCAGCUGUGUCUUCGGAUAAAAUGAGAACGAUCAACCUCGGACAAUCUAACUUUAGGGUGUGCCCAUUGAAACUGAAGUCAGUGAGCAGUGCUUAUAUGCGGCGCUGUUACAUAUUUUUACGAAAAUGGGUUUAAAGUUUGAGUUUGUGGACAAAUGAAAUACUCUUUGGAGGAUAGUGCGAGACAAUGCGAGGGACUGGAAACCAAUAAAGCGCGAGGCCAAACUGCAACCUUAUCAAAUUACGCCUUCCCGUUGUCCUUUGCGAGUUCAAGGCAGCAUACCUUCAUGAAUGACCCGAAAUGCAAUACUUUCGGAAUAUUUGAAGUUGCCAAUCAGCAAACAGUGACAAAAACUUUAUAUUUGUUGUCCAAAUGUCCUUCAAUUCAUCAGCAACCUUCCUUUUGAUCAACAAUAAAACGCAAACAGCGGUGAUAAACAUUGUGAGUUUUCGCAUUUUUAUAAACUUGACGUUUCGUAUGCUAUUCAACAUACAUUUUCAAAAUGAUCUUAAGUGACCAUUAAAGAAAAUGACGAGACUAUAUACUGUAUUCCAAAAUUACAAGGGAACUGGAAAUGAGAUUAAAAAUUAAAAAUUAUUAACAGUAAUGAAUUCAAAAGACAACAGCUAAUAAAGCAUCAGCUUUUCACUGCUUCCUUCCUUUUACUAAUCCAAUUGUUUCAACAGAGUAUUUGAGAUGGCCCCGCACUUGAAGGAUUUAUUUCCCUUUGGUAGCGACUUGACGCAGCCACAGUUUACUGAGCAUGCCCUGAGAGUAAUGAACACUAUUGAUUUAGCAGUGAAGAAUUUGGAUAACCCGGAUGUACUUGUCCCAGCCCUGGAGGAACUGGGACGAGUGCAUGCAAUGUUUGAAUUAACCAAUCAAGAGUUUGAGGUACGAAACUUUCUCAUUUAAAAAUGUUGUGCUCGUAGUUUUGGCUUUUAGGUCAGGGAGGAAAUCCUAUUGUAUCCUAGUUGCCCUAUGAGAACCAUGUUUAGGUUUUGCUUAUGAGAUCUAUGAGGCUUUGACAAUUUUCAGCUCUUAUAAUAAAGCUUCUACUUCACACAUUUGGUNAUAGUGCGAGACAAUGCGAGGGACUGGAAACCAAUAAAGCGCGAGGCCAAACUGCAACCUUAUCAAAUUACGCCUUCCCGUUGUCCUUUGCGAGUUCAAGGCAGCAUACCUUCAUGAAUGACCCGAAAUGCAAUACUUUCGGAAUAUUUGAAGUUGCCAAUCAGCAAACAGUGACAAAAACUUUAUAUUUGUUGUCCAAAUGUCCUUCAAUUCAUCAGCAACCUUCCUUUUGAUCAACAAUAAAACGCAAACAGCGGUGAUAAACAUUGUGAGUUUUCGCAUUUUUAUAAACUUGACGUUUCGUAUGCUAUUCAACAUACAUUUUCAAAAUGAUCUUAAGUGACCAUUAAAGAAAAUGACGAGACUAUAUACUGUAUUCCAAAAUUACAAGGGAACUGGAAAUGAGAUUAAAAAUUAAAAAUUAUUAACAGUAAUGAAUUCAAAAGACAACAGCUAAUAAAGCAUCAGCUUUUCACUGCUUCCUUCCUUUUACUAAUCCAAUUGUUUCAACAGAGUAUUUGAGAUGGCCCCGCACUUGAAGGAUUUAUUUCCCUUUGGUAGCGACUUGACGCAGCCACAGUUUACUGAGCAUGCCCUGAGAGUAAUGAACACUAUUGAUUUAGCAGUGAAGAAUUUGGAUAACCCGGAUGUACUUGUCCCAGCCCUGGAGGAACUGGGACGAGUGCAUGCAAUGUUUGAAUUAACCAAUCAAGAGUUUGAGGUACGAAACUUUCUCAUUUAAAAAUGUUGUGCUCGUAGUUUUGGCUUUUAGGUCAGGGAGGAAAUCCUAUUGUAUCCUAGUUGCCCUAUGAGAACCAUGUUUAGGUUUUGCUUAUGAGAUCUAUGAGGCUUUGACAAUUUUCAGCUCUUAUAAUAAAGCUUCUACUUCACACAUUUGGUCUGUGAGCUCCAAACAUGCAAAGUCGAACCGCAGGACGGAGAAGGCUGGAGCAAUUUUAGGCUUGGCCAUUUUCCAUUUGUGGUGUCCAUCCUGGGGCAUGCGCAAUUUUGGAAAUUAUUGCAAAAGAAAAAAAACAUUCAGUACUUUCACAUUACACAUAAUACACAUUGUUUUCCCCCAAAAAUUUUGCAUAAGUACUGUUUUCAAGUUCUCUUGGGAGGAUUGUAAAUCACGAGAGAAAUUGGAAAUAAAGCUUAUGCAAAACAUUUGGGGGGUAAACAAGGUGUAUUAUGGGAAUGUGAAAGUAGUUACCAACAUCUGACACCGCAUCUGUCAAAAUCGCUCAUGUUUUGACAAGCUUUGGAAGUUUUUUUAGUACUGUAUAGAUUGUACAUCAAAGUCAUCUUAAAAGUAAUGAUGUCUCAAGUGGAACAACAUCUGUGGUUUCCCAACUGACAGUCGACAGGGUGCAAAGAAAGUCAUUUUUAAAGCUUGCCAUUCAGGCAAGUUGAGCUAGCAUAUACUAGCCCAAACGUCAUUUCAACUAGCUCCAAAAACAUUUUGACGAGCAGAAUUGAUUUCACAGUUCUUCUGUAAUUUGAAUUCCUCAAAAAACUUCACUUGCUCAUCGGGCAAGUUAAGAACAGAAUUCACUAGCCCGAUAGUAAAAUCCACUAGGCCUGGGCUAUCGGACAUGACUUUCUUUGCACACUGGUCCAAAUAUUUGUUACCAUGAAGAAUAUCAUGUCACAGUUUCCUGUUAGAUAGAUGCACAGACCUUCAAUUGGAGUGUCAGAAAAGGAUAAUUCAAUAAAUUCUCAAACUUUUCAUGGUUAAACAAAUCGUGUCAUGUUAAGUCUGUAAACGAGCUGCUAGAGCAGUUUUACCUGAUGAACAGUUCAGUACAGUUCUGAGACGAUCUGGGUAUGUUUUCCCCAUUAACGCCAAAGUAUCGUAAUUUUCUUUCCUUUCAGUAUGUUGGACAAGCUCUGCUAUCAGUCCUAGAGGAGGGACUAGGAGAAGCUUUCACACCAGCAUUAAAGGCUGCCUGGACUGAUGUCUAUGCUAUAAUUACUGAUAUUAUGCUGACAGCAAUCACUGACUACAAUGCUGAUAAAAAGGACAACAAAACUAAUAAUUAA